CGAACGGAACGAUGAAUUCAUCCCGCGAAAGCGUUCCAGAUUACUUAAACAACAAUAUAUUUCCAACUUUAUUAAACGCAAUGGAGGAGAUGUUACUUGAAGCUGAUCGUCGAAAUGCUCUAGAAACACAUAAAUGCUCUUUCAAUGGAUUGGAUUAUCUCGCAGAAAUCCUUUGGAAUCGUAACUCGCAUCAUCCAAGUAGAUUGUGUACUUGGCUGAAUGUGUUUGACAUACCGCAAUUUAAACUUUGGCUAAAAUCACAUCCUAGGCCAAUUUAUCCAAAAUCAUGGCUAUGGAGUAAAGAAGAUGCAGCCUUACACAUACAGAGAUAUGUUCGUGGUUGGCUCAUUAGAAAGAGAGUGGAUGUUGAGGAGAUGCGCCAAUUUUGGAAGGUAUCAGUAUGAUUGAAUGCAAGGAAUUAAAAUAUAUAAUGACUG